UGAGGUAGUUGGCUCCGUGCUCGGUACUCACCGCGAGUUCCCGCGCAGGGCCCAGCCGGACAAGAACCCACGACCUCAGCGGCUGGAGCAUGUGGCCGCGUCCCCUGGCGGCAGCAGUGGGCCGCCUGACGCCCUGCAGGUCAGCAGUCGAGUAGCUGGGGCCCUGGAGAGCUUGAAGCCUUUUCACAGUGAUGGCAGAGAAGCGGCCGCUGGGCACUCUGGGGCCUGUGGUAUACGGCAAGCUGCCCCGUCUAGAGGCUGACUCUGGACCUGGGCACAGCUUGGCCCCCUCUGCUGCUAACCAGGACCCAUGCAACUACACGGGUGCCUACUUCUCCUGCCCCAUGGGGAGUACCCCCAAAACAGGGUCUGAGCGGUUGGCAUCCUGGACCCCAUACCCACCCUUGUAUCCUACCAGUGUAGCAGGACCCCCGAUUCCAGAAGACAACCUAUUGACCAGCUGCCUGCUUUAUCGCCCACCAGCAGGAAGCUCUGAGAAGGUGCAGGACUCUGGCCCUGUUGAGCUCCUGCCUUUUAGUCCCCAUGCUCAUUCCUACUCAGGCCCUCCACUGGUGGCACCCAAACCUCUCUAUCGCAGCCCUCUGUGUUAUGGACUCUCAACUUGUCUGGGGGAAGGGGCAGUGAAGAGGUCACUGGAUGUUGAUUGGACACUGGUGACUGGGCCCCUAUUACCCCCAACCAACCCACAUUGUUCUCUGACUCUGGCUCCUGGCAAGGGCCAGUCCUUGGAUGGUGCCUUCUUGCGUGGGAUGCCAGUUGGGGGAUCUGGCAGAGACUCCUUAGGGAGUUUCUCUCCAUGCCACGCAUUCCUGGACAAGUAUCAGACCAGCCACAGCAUGGGCUUCCUAGCUUCCAAGUAUGCAGGUCCUUACUCUGGGGAUCCCAAGCAGGCAUUGUCUGAGGGAACCCCCAGUCCUUGGACCCAGCUGGCUCAACCCCUGGGGCCAGCCUACCAGGAUACAGUGCCCUCUCACUACCCACUGCCCCACCCUCCACAGGCUCUGUCUUGCCCUCCAGCCUGUCACCAUCCAGAGAAGCAGAGCAGCUAUAGCUCAGUGCCCCCGCCGCAGCCUCUGGGAGCCCAUAAGGCAGUUGGGUACCUGGCUGGGGGGCUGAAUAGCCCGUACCUGAAGCAGCAGACAGCCCAGGCACCCUGUAUGCCCCCAGUGGGACUGGACACUUAUUCCUACUCCUCUGUCCCUCUCCCAACACCCUCACCAGGCCUCAAGCUGGAGCCACCUCUCACUCCACGGUGCCCACUAGACUUUGCCCCCCAGGCGCUGGGCUUUCCUUAUGCACGGGAUGAUCUCUCUCUCUCUGGAGCAUCCCCAGGGCUCAGAGGAACACCACCUUCCCAGAACAGUGUCCAGGCUGUGCCACAGCCCAGUGCCUUCCAGCGAGCAUGCCAGCCUAUGCCUGCCAGUCAGCCAUGCCCAGAGCCUGUGAGGUCUAUAGAGAAGCCGAUGCAGGAAGCUGAGGAGACGAUAUGGCUGCCCAGCUGCCAGAAAGAGCAACUACAGCCACAGCUCAAUGUGCACCCUAGGGUACCCAUUGUUAUCGGAGAUAGUCCAGUUCCCCGCACCCCACCAGCACUCCCACCCUGUGCCCAAGAGCAGCGGUCUUUUCCACAGAACCAGGGCACACUGCCCCCUGGCUCUCCACCCAUGCCUAUUAUUGACAAUGUCUUCAGCCUGGCCCCCUACCGUGACUAUCUGGAUGUGCAGACACCCGAGGCCACAUCUGAGCCUGACCCAGCCCCAGCUCCAGCCCCUGCCACCAAGGACAGCCAUGACAGCGACUCCAGGGGAACCCUGUCUGCCUUGGAGGCCCCUUUGAGGGUACAUCGCUCACUUAGGGAGGAAGUGGCACUGGACUUGAGUGUGAAGAAACCCAUGACAGAGCCUCUUCCUAUCAAGGUCCCUAGUCCUGUGGUGCACUCCAAGCUCCCUAUAGCUGUGGGUGUGCCGGGUGUGGGUAGCACAGUCUCAGAGCUGCCUGGGGUACCAGUGACCACAGAGAGCAUCCCAAAGACCAAUUUCCACAGCUCCGUGGCCUUCAUGUUCCGAAAAUUCAAAAUCCUCCGGCCGGCACCCAUGUCUGCAGCCAUGGUCCCAUCUGUUCCCACCUCGGUCCCUGCCUCUGACCAGCCUGCACCCACCCCUACAUCUGUGCCCAUUGGGCUACAGAUUCUCAAACAGCCCUUGCCUGUGGCCUGCUUUGAUCUGGCACUGCCCAGUCCUCCAGGUGUAUCCAUGGCCACUCCAGCACCUACUCUGGCUCCAUCACCUGCUCCAGACCGGACUUUGGCUCCAGCUCCUACCCCUGUCACAGUGGAUUCCCCAGAGCAACACUUUGCAGGACUACAUGAGUCCCUUUGUGAUGCCAUCUCAGGCUCAGUGGCCCACUCCCCACCUGAGAAACUGCGUGAAUGGCUUGAGAUGGCUGGGCCUUGGGGCCGGGCAGCAUGGCAGGAUGGCCAGGCUGUGCAGGGGCUGUUGGGCAAACUGCUGUCCCAGUUGCAACGCUUUGUGUGCACACAGCAGUGUCCCUUCCCACACGUGGUGCGGGCUGGCGCCAUCUUUGUGCCCAUCCACCUGGUGAAGGAGAGGCUCUUCCCGAGGCUGCCGCCUUCUUCUGUGGAUCUUGUGCUACAGGAACACCGUGUGGAGCUGCGGCCCACCACACUGUCAGAGGAGAGGGCACUGCGGGAGCGAGCCCUGCGUGGCUGCUCCUCACGCAUGCUGAAGUUGCUGGCACUGCGCCAGCUGCCUGACAUAUACCCCGACCUUCUGGGUCUGCAGUGGCGUGACUGUGUACGCCGCCAGCUGGGUGAGCACGGGGCAGCCCCAAUUGCCACUGGAUCUGCGUGAGCAAGUGACAGGUGACUUUGACACUGAGGCUGGAUUUAUGCCCUGAGAAUCCAUCAUGGCCAGAGAUGAGCCGGAGAGCCUAGUCCUGGCUCAGAAGUCACCCAUUCCCAAGGCCAGGAAGCUGAGAAGGAAGCUACAAACACCUGGCCUGGAGAAAGCAGAGGGAACUGCUGGGGAAGGGUCCCACAGUGCCUCACCUGUCCCUGAUGCCAGUGCCAGCCUACCCAGCCCCACAUUGAGGGCCCACUGUCGAAGCCUGCUGGAAACUGCCUGGCUUAACAGCCUGGCACUGCCCACUUGGGGCCACAAGGCUUCAGGAGCAUCUCGGUCCUCAUCUUGCUCAGAGCUGGUGGGUGGCCAAAGCUAUCACCUGUAGCACUGGUGGCUGGUGCUGUUUGGACAGCUACUGUCUGGUAAUCACUCUCCACCCCUCCCUUCUGCCAGCCUAGCUGCCCAGGACAGGACUGGACAUACCCUUGGAGUUUCUCCAGUUUUCACCCUGCCCUCUACCCCAACCCCACCCCUGGCUGGGCUGAGAAUCCCUGAGCUUUUAACUUGAGGGCCUUUAUUAGAAAGGACUGCUUUCUAUUCAUCCUUAGAAAAGAUGUGUGGGCUUUGGAGCCCCACUGACUUGGGCUUGGAUCCUGGCUCCUAUGUUUCUUGCUGUGUAAUUGGGCAAGUCACUUCCUCUCUUGAGCCCUUAGUUACCCAUUUGUAAAACAGGACAACGCAGCCUACCUCACAGGGUUAUUGUGAGGGUGAUGCCUGACACGCACCAGUUAUGGUUUACUCUCUGCUCCCUCCACAGUACACGGGCCCAGAUCCCAGCCAGUGCCUGAACUUUGAGGCUGAGGCAGGUUGAACCUUCCUCCGGAAAGUUUAAUUUUAUUAAAAAAAUUUUUUUUUUUCUCUAUUGAUUUUAGAGAGAGGAAGGGUGAGGGAAAGAGAUAGAAG